CCAAGCCAAUCUGGCUAUCUCCUCUCAUCAAGUCUGCUCCUCUACAAUGACCGACAUGUUGCUUUCCCAUGAGGAGGAAUAAAACCUAAUCAAGCUCUCCCCGCCAAAAAAAACGUCUGGAUUACAGGAUAUUACACUAUACAAAGUUUUUGACUGAAACGGAUAUCACACCUAUCAAAGCUUGUUGGAUACCCCGGUACCACCUGGAAUUCGCGGCCACGUAAAUUCGGACUGAAGUUUUUCUAGUGUAGACGUGUUAACCGACCAUAAACUAAAACAGAUUGAAACGGAUAUUUGGUUUGACGUGGAAAAUCAGACAUAUAUUUCAGCAAAAACAUAAGAUAAAUAAAUAAAAAUGAUUGAUGUUCCUAAAACAAAGGGUCUUUAGCCUAGUCUUCGAGGAAAAGGUGCUUUCACCGAAUAAAUCUUCGGCCCAGGACCUUCAAGUGGAUCUGUGAAUAGCCAGAAUGAAAUGGGAGAAGUUUAAGCCUCCAGAGCCAGAUGAUGCCAUGUGCUGUUUUGAAUGUGAUUUGGACCCACAUGGAUGCUGCUGUGACUGUGAUGAUCUGGAUGAAGCUUGCAGCAGGUGGCUGAAGGGUGAGCCUCAGAAACCUGACUGUGCGUUGCCUGUGUUUGGUGCAGUGAUGGACCGGCUGAGGUUGAGACUGUUAUCAGGGGACAGGCGGGUGGAGAUCUCCAUGGUCCCAGCUUUAGUGCUGCUUCCCAUGCUACUGCGGCUGGCAGCCCUGCACUUCCUGCUGGGCCUGGUCAUUCUGACAGCCCUGCCUGGCCUGGUGCUGUGGUACUACUACGCCACACACCGGAAGAAGGGCCGCACCCUCUUCUUCCUCAGCCUAGCGCUCUUCUCCCUAGCCUACAUGUACUUCCUCUUCAUCACAGAGAUCCUACCUCGUGGGGACGUAAGUCACCUGCAGCUGGUGACCGUGACAACGGGUGUGGUUCUUACUCUUAUCUCUCUCGUGCGCACAAAGAGGGGGCCAGGCUUCGUGCAGCCUUCCCUGGCUGACACGCACAGCACCAGCACCAAUCAUUACCAACUGUCUGACAAAAACUCUGCCUCUCAGAAUGGAGUGGACCAGUCAGUGUUGCCAGCCCCUCCAGCCAGACCAGUGGAACAGCAGACACAGUCGCUGACAGUGAAGGGGGGCAGGUGUCCUCUGUGCAAAGUGGUGCGUCCCCCUCGGGCGGGACAUUGCCGGAUCUGUGGAGGCUGUGUCCAGCGCCUGGACCACCACUGUAUCUGGAUUAACAGCUGUGUGGGCCAGGCUAAUCAUCGCAGCUUCCUGCUGACCCUGCUCCUCUUUCUGUUGACCUCUCUGUAUGGGGUCAGUCUGGUGCUGCGCAGUGUGUGUCCCCAACAGAACCUGCUUACCGCCCUACUCUACUGCCCUGGUGUCUACAGUCAGUACAGCUCAGCCCUGUGCUUCACCUGUGCCUGGUACAGCAGUAUUGUCACAGCAGGCCUGCUAAACCUGCUGGUGCUGCAACUUAUCAAUAUCAGCUACAAUGUGACAGAACGGGAGGCACAACUUGCACUGCGGAGGAAAAAUGGCCAGAGUCGUCCGUGUAGCCUUGUUGACGACACAGGGGUCUACUCACGUGGCUUCUGCCAGAACUGGGCUGAAUUCCUGGCAAUGGGAGAGCCUGUCGAUAGACCAUCCUCCGUCCUCACUGACUUGGUUUAGCCUUGGCUUAACACCAUGCCACUGCCUAAGCAGGUCAACAUUGCUGGGUUUCAACUGUGUGGCUUUAGGGACUGUGAGCUGCUCUGGAUCUCUAGGUAUUGCAACUCAGAGGUGUUCAUUUUUUAUUGUUAUAUACCUCUACAUUCCAAACACGCCAGGUAGAGAAAAUAACCAUGAUCCUCCAAGUUGUCAUGGAUCUGACACUCUUAAUAUUAGUAGUAAAUAUAUAAAGGGUUUCUCUAACUAAUAGGAUAAGUUUUAACCUCUUACAAAUAUCUGUUUGAUUUUGCUGUCUCUAUCUUUUCCAAAAUGAUGUAAAGAUUUGUAACCAUGGUAGACUAAAUAGCAAUAGAUUAAUAGAAAUACAUGAGUUAGAGAACAUGUUUAAGAAACUGUAGACUACUUAUUGACAGAAUGCACCUGACAAUAAGAUUACUUCAAAGGGAGGAAAGAUGUACAUGUUCUGCCAGACAUGACACACAUCCUCUCACCCACGCACUCUUUGUAGUUGAAGUGCUAUUAUUGUUAAGUUUUAAUAUACAGUACAUUACUUAUAUUUCAACUAUCCUUUUACUUGUAUUAGACUAAGACUCAUCUUCCUUUGUAUCUUGUUUGUUUGUUAUGUGAAUAAAGCAUAUCUUAUC